GAUCGAGGAGGAAGCGUUUCCAACUUGUGCCUCCGAAAAAAAAAAAAAAGAGAGAAUCAUCUGUUGAGAGUCUGUACUCACUGGAGCGAAGUGUGCGCCCUUUGCUGGAGGAGAGGAGCAUCUGGAUAUUGCUGUAAAUUACCUCUUGCAGUUCAAGGUUUUUCCAGGAGUUAAAGGACUACGUUAUAAUAAAUAAUAAAAUAAAUAAGAAAUAAGAAAAAAAAGAAAAAAAAACUGCCAUACUAGAGAGCAAGCUGUUUGCAACAAACAGAAAGACGAGAGGGAGGAGGAAAAAAAACAGAACUAAAGGAGCGGAGAGAGGAGAGGUGACUUGGCCGAAGCGACAUGUUUGGCAUGAUCAAGAAUUCACUCUUCGGAAACACCGAGGAGACGGAAUAUAAACUGCUCAGCAGCGAGACGAAGGAUGGCGUCAGCUUCGAGGUGCGACGGUAUGAUGGCGCAAAAUAUGCUGCUGUUUCGUCUGAGGGGCGAACCUUUGACCAGGUGACGGGAGAGCUAACGAGGAAGUUGCUCAUGUACAUUGGCGGAAGCAAUGAACAAGGUGAGGCCAUGGGUACGGCAGCUCCCAUCAUAAUCACGGUGUACCCACGGAACGAUGGGGUUUUCUCUCGCCGCUUGGUGGUGGCCAUCCGCAUUCCCUCCAGCUACCAGCAAGAACCCCCGACUCCCACCGACAGUGCCAUCAGGAUUGAAGAGAGACCCGGCAUGACCGUCUACGCCCUGCAGUUUGGAGGCUUCGCGGGGGAGAGCGAGUACAGAGCGGAGGCCCUGCGUUUGACACGCACCCUGGGCGAGACAGCUCCAUUUCAGCGCAAGCAGUACUUCUGCUCUAGCUACGAUCCGCUCAAGCCUUAUGGACGCAGAAAUGAGGUGUGGUUCCUGCAGGAAGAGCCAUAGUCUGUCAGAUUUCAGGCUGAAUUCUUUAUUCAGCCUCAAACGCGUCGUGUAGCCCUAAAACUGAUUUGGUUUCAGACAUCAUGCAAGUGGCCAGAAAUGUUCUAUGUGACAAUAAAUGAUGAAUGAAAUCAUACAUUAUAUAUGACUUUCAGAGAGGUCAGUUUUCAGCAAUCAUCAGUCCCGUGAUCUGUUGGCACAUUUUGUUACUUAAUGCAAGUUUGUCAUGUUAAAUUACUAACUGAUCAUUAGAAAAACUCAUUUGGCUGUUAUGUUAACACCGCUGAUUAAAGAGUCAGCAGCCUUUGAAUGUUCUUGUUCUAAACAAAAAUAAAUAAAUAAAUAAAAAUAAAGGUCAUUCCAAGCAGGAAACUGAUGCAAGCAAAGAUUUCAUAAAGAGUUGUGUACAGCUGAGAAAAAGGACAUCAGAGUCUGUGGUUUGGAAAAACCGAUGCUUCAAAUGUCCUCAGCUGGACUUUUUCAUUAUGUGAUGCUCUUAAGAGGAGGUCUGUGAAUCAAAUUGUCCCCACUGUUGUAAAAAGUCAUAUAUUUUUUUUUGACAGUUUUCAGUAUUCAAUAACCGAUUCUUUAAAAAUAAAUAGAUUAAUUAGCCAACUUUAUUGAACUUUACUGAUUCUCUGAUCAGAGGAGAUCUAAUGAUAAUUUUACCUUUAAACAUGAUAAACUUGUGUGGAGCAACAGAUUGAACAGGAGCACCGGAGAGAUGGUUGCUGAAAAUGAUCCUCUGUGUGUCCACACUGAUAUUCCAUUAAAAAUCAUUACUUGUUUAUGACUAAUGAUUAGAUAUUAAAUAUACCUAUGACAAAUCUGAUUCCUGUGAUCUCAUAUAAAAUUGAUAGAAAAUAUAAAGCAUUUCCUAGUGAACCCAAACAGUCUAUCUGUGACAGUUUGGUUUUCCAAGAUAAGGAAAGUACAUUCACCGGCCACUUUAUUAGAUACAUUUGUUCAACAGGUUGUUGAUGUAAACAUAGAAUCAGACAAUCAAUGGCAGCAAUUCAAUGCAUUUAGGCAGGUAGACACUGUCAUGACGACCUGCUGGAGUUCAAACUGAGCAUCAGAAUGGGGAAGAAAGGUGAUUUGAUGUGGCAUAGUUGUUGGUGCCAGAUGGGCUGGUCUGAGUAUUUCAGAACCUGCUGAU